AUGGGGAUCCACACUCCCGCUAAUCUGAACCGAAGAGCCCGUGCAUCUCUUUUGCAAAACAGCCCUGCGACCGUGAAUGGCACCAUUGGUGUUUCAACCACUCCCGGGCGGAUGGCUCAGACACCAUCCUCACCACUUGUCGCCGCCGCGGCUGCAGCCACGGAAGGAGCUGCGCGCGCUAACUCAUCGUCGAUCUUUGAACAACAACCAAUCUCUAUCAUCGAGUCAGCCAAUGAUCUCGCGCGAGAACAGGCGGAAGAAUACAACGCCAAGCUGAUGGUCUUCCAGACCUUCUGCGCCAAGGUUGAAGAAGCGGCCCAGCAAUUCGCUACCGGACCGCAACGGCGUUUCGCUAAGCAAUGUGCUGACAGCUUUCUUGGCAUUUGGAAACAAGAGCUUUCCAGCUCCGGACAUACGACACCUAAGCCUACAUACAGCAGCGAUCUCCGCGUCUUUGUCCGUCUAGAGGCCGAGGCUCCGGCCAGGGCCCACAGUGGCUAUGCCAUCCGGACCUUGAUCCGGGAGAAACUUGGCGCCGUCUCGGACAAGAUCCGACAGGUGUUUCAGGUCCGGUCCGGAUGGGCCGUCCUGGCUGCCGACUCGGCAACACGCGACUUUCUGGUAGAAAAGCAGGCUGAAUGGGCCGCUGCACUGAAACCUAUAGCAGUAGAAACGAACAAGGAAUGGUUCACCUAUGUGGUCUCAGACUUUCCCAAGAGACUGACCGACUUCCACGGCAAUGAGGUGGAUAGUGACAGCGUCGUCAGCGAUGAGAUAGAAAUCCAGACGGGGCUCAAGCCUGUGGACAUACGCCCUGCGCGACAAUUCUCAGACAACCCCUUGACCAAGGGCCUGCUUGUGUCCUUUCUGAAGCCAACAAAGAGAUUCUGGUCGCUAUUUGGCAGCAGUGCGGCCAGACUCGUCGACAAAACCAACCGACUCAGACAGUGCGAGACGUGCUGGGGCUAUCAUUUUGCCCGCAGUUGUUACAGACAGCCAGUUUGCCAACGCUGCGGCAAGGCCGGCCACUCUACGGGUGACUGCGCCGCACCAGAGCGGUGCGUCAAUUGCCUGGGCCCGCAUCAGGCCAACUUUGACAAGUGCCCGGAUCGGCCAAAGAGACGAGAGCGAGAGCGAGAAGCACAACUGGAAUCGCACCAAGAAGCCCAAAAAGACAUGUCUGACCGACAAGGCGAGGAUGACGUAUCACGAGACCAACCGAGCGUUCGUGCUCCAAGCCCAGCUGUAUCAGGAGCACCUUCGUGCAUCAUGGUGGCCACAACGACCCAGAUCGGCUACGAGGCAGAAGAGGAGCCUGAGCAUCCUAGACCAGGCUCACCGCGAAAGCGCCGAAUAAGCGACAAGAAGCCGCUCAGGAUCUUCCAGGCCAACGUCGGCAAGGUCCCUCCGGCCCACGACUGCGCCCUGGCGCUGGCCGACUCGGAACGAUAUGACAUUGUACUCCUGCAGGAGCCGUGGACGUCUCAUACCGAGUCCCGCUUCCUGACCAAAACUCACCCGGCAUAUGACACAUUCACGCCAGUUGACACGUGGAGCAGCAAUGACACUCGGCCUCGAGUCAUGACAUACGUCCGACGAGACUCAAGACUUGUUGCUGACCAGAUCCGGCCCUUCCAGAGCCGAGACAUUCUUUGGCUCACGAUCAGUGGCAUGACGAUAGUCAACUUCUACCGUCAGAACGACGAGAGGGAUGCCCUGAAUACGCUGCUUCGAUGGGAUGUCCCGGAGCGCUGCCUAGUUGCUGGCGAUUUCAAUACCAGACAUAAUAGCUGGCAGACAGGCCAAGCUACGAAUCGCGGACAAGAGAUUGCAGGCUGGGCAUAUACCGACAAACCCACAUGGAAACACGAUUGA